AUGAAAAGCUCAACGAGAUUUGAUAAGAAUUCUACAGACCCUCCUUUAUCCAAGCAAGCAUCUCAUUCUAUAUAUAGCAUUUUAGAAUACGAAGAACAUCAAAACCCGAAUUUGCCUAUUAACCCGAAUUCUCUUCAGUACACAGAAAAAGGCCUUAAUAUUAAGCUACGCCAGUUCUUAUAUUUUGAUAAAAAUCAUAUUUCUAUCUCCAAAGAAUUCAAGAAUAACUUGAUGGUAUUUUAUAUAUUUUUAAGUUCCUACCUGAUUAUUUCUUUUGCUACUUGGGUCCUUUUAUAUAAUCAAGGCUAUUCAAAUGAGACUCAUUUGAUUAUUAGACUUGUGUGAUUAGGAAUUAUCCUUAUUAUAUCUUAUUUUCUAUUAUAUAAGAUUUGGAAGGAUCCAAAAGCAUCAAUUCAUGCAGAAUAUAUAUUUCUAUUUAUUGGGCUAUUAAUUUUACUUUAUUUAGUGAUCUGUGAUGAAAGGGUCCUGAGUGGAAUUACCGAUGAAGACUACAAUAGAAGCAACCAGUCUCAUGUCUUAGCAAUCGCUUGCUUCUUUAUCCUAAUAAGGCUUGUAACUUAUGAAAAAUUUCUGAUUCUAGCCAUUCUUUCUUUUAUUACUUUGAUACUGCUUUUGAUUUUAUUUUUGGCUCUUUCUCCUUUAUCAGUCUAUGCGACCUUAUCAGAUUUCUUCAUACUACUCGUAUUCUUAGUUCUUCAAAUUGCAGAAACCUACCAAUCUGAAUACAGAAUUAAGCAACUCUUUUGGAGAAAAACAAAAGAAGAAGAAGCUCUAAAUCCAAGCAAAGGAUCAUUAGAAGAAGAUGAAGUCAAAAAAGAUAACAAUUUGCCUCCUUUGAAUACAGAAAUUGAAGCCUUAGUCCAAGCUUGUGACAAAAUCAAACAGUACAUAAAAACAGCAUCUUCAGCCAUCAUGUUCAAAGAUGUGAAACUGAAGCUGAAAGCUGCUCAGAAUGAACUAGAAAAAAUUAAAAGAACUGUUGCCCACAAUUAUAUAAGAGAAAAAUGAAAAGUCGACUUUGGAGAAGAUAUGGAUGAGAUUGACAAAGAAUUUAUUAGGCAGCAUUAUAUGAACAGUGCAGCUGCUCAUGAAGCUCGAGCAUCUGUUCGCAAAGUUACAAUGAACGAAAUCAAUACAAAUGAAAAAUCGAGCUCUAUCCCAUUCAAUGAAUCAGGAUUGAAGGAGUUGGAAACUAUAAUAACUAGUGUUGGAAAAAAUUGGAAUUUUGAUAUAUGGUAUCUUUAUCAAGCAACAGGAAGAAGCAUUUCUAUUCUUGGCCCAUAUUUAUUCCAAAAAUGGACUUUCAACAAGAUUUUCCAAAUAAAAGAUGAUACAAUAAGAGUCUUUUUUGAAGCUGUAUGGUCAAGCACAGGUAGCAACCCUACACCCCCACCCCACAAAAAAGUGGUACCCCCACCCCCCCUUUUUUUAAUGGUACCCCCACCCCCCCCCCCUUUUAGUGGCACCCCCACCCCCCCUUUCACAGAUGGCACCCCCACCCCCCCCCUUAAUACAGUAUAGAUAUAUCACAAAUGCUAAUUUAGAGCAGGCGUAAUAAAUAAAUUAUUAUUUUAGAUAUUAAAAAUUACUGAUUUAUACAAUAUCAUAUAGCGUAGCGCAAUCGAUUAAGGAGUAGUGAAAAUUUCCUACAACUACUAAGAACCCCACAUCUGAAGAAAUUUGCUGACAAGCAUAAUGAUCUUUGGUAUUAAUUAGCAGUAUAUCCUGUAUAUAUUUAUGAACUUUGUGGAACAAUGGCUAAAGAGUCCAUUUAGAGAUCUAAAAUUAAAACUGACAAUAGCAAAUACUAUUUUUAUUAGCACAUUGCUUUUCAAAUGAAAGAGAUGCUCUAUAUAAGUUAGGCAGUAGAGAAUAAGAUAUGGAAUGCUAUAAAUAAGCUAUCAGAGUUGAUCCAAAAUUAUGCUGAUGCAUACAAUAGCAUAGGAGUUAUCUUCUAUAAAGAAAAGAGUUAUGAAAAAACACUAAAACAUUGUAACGAUGCAAUUAAAAAACCAAAACUGUGGAGAUUAUUAUUAUUAUAAUAAAGGAAAAUGCUCUUACUCCCCCCCUCUUUAAAUUGGAACAAAAUAUAGGUAAGAUUUCCACUUUUUUGGUAAAUUAACCCCCUUUAAAUUGAAACAAAAUUUAAUUUUAUAAUAAAAAAUUAUAAUAAUUUUUAUGUAAAAGGUUUUGAUAUAAGUUAAAUGUUUCUUCUAACUAAAAUCAAAAAUUUUAGUUAUAUCUUGUUCUUGUUUAAAGAAGAGAGUAUAAAGAUCAUCUUAUUUAAAUAAAUUUAUUAUCCUUAAUUACUAAAUUUUAAAAAAAAAUUAAUUGUUUUUUUAAAAAUUUUUAUUCUUUUUUGAUAAAAAAUGAUAUUUUUUAUUUAAAUAGUUUUGAUAUAAAUUCAAUAGAAUUUCAUUAUAAAUUUUAAAAUUUACUAAUUUCUUGCUUGAAGAAUAGAGUAUAAAUAGUAUAUUAUUUAAACAAAAUUAGCACUUUGAUCGAUAAAUUUUCUAAAAUUUUUUUAAAUUUUUUUUUUAUCAAUAAAAAUAAUAAUUUUUGUGUAAAUAAUUUUGAUACCAAUUAAUAGUGGCGUAUUAACUAAUAAUGAAAAUUUAGUUAUAUCUUGCUUUUUUUUAAAAGAUAAAGAGUAAAUAGCAUUUUAUUAAACAAAUUUAUUAAUCUAAUUCGAUAAGUUUUUGAAUUUUUAUAUAAAUUUUUUUUUAUAAAAAAAAUUUUAUAUUGAUAUUUUUUUUAAAAAAAAAAUUAACCCCUUUAAAUUGGAACAAAAUUUUUUGUUCCAAUUUAAAUGGGGGGAGUUAGAUAGUUAGGAAGAAGAGAAGAAGUUUUGGAAUGCUAUAAAAAAAACAAUCAAAAAGAAUAAUGGCAACUCAAGAUGUGAUAUAGGAUUGGUAUGUAAGAAAAUAUGAAUAUAAUUAAUACUUGAAUUCGCAAAAAUUUUAUUUUAUGAAUUGAUUACUUUUAAACCUACUAUUUAAGCUAAUUAUCCAUCUUCUGCAUAUCCUGCAUUAGCUCAUAUUGCAUCCAUCUUGAAGUUACCUACACUGUAUUCAUCUUCGCUGCACUCUGUAGUUAUUGUAUUGUGCUUGAUUCAUUUAAUAAUUACUGACAUUAUCAAUAUCUUUGGCAUUGUAUUUAUAAAUAUAAAAAACAAAUUUAAUAUAUUUCCUAAUUAAUUUUUAAUUAAUUUGAAUUUAUUAAUUAAUCGUAAUUAUUAAAGCAAUUUAUAGACUUCAUUUAUCAAUAUAGCGCUUUAAUUGGAUUAUAUUUAAAAUAUUCUUUUUGAGGGAGGGGGUGGGGGUGCCAUCUGUGAAGGGGGGGUGGGUGGGGGUGGGGGUUCCCUUAUUGGGGGGUGGGGGUGUAGGGUUGCUACCUAUGCUUGACCAGCUGUAGAAAACGUAAUGACUAUAUAGGCCUAUAUAAAUUCCAAUCCUUUCCACAAUGCAUGCCAUGCUUCAGAUACAUUGCACUCAAUGCUAUAUUUCUUUAACUUUGGGGAUAUUCUUAAAUCUUUAAGUACUUUGGAUGCCUUAUCUUCAAUUAUAGCUGCAUUUGGCCACGAUAUUGCUAACCCUGGAUUAACAAACUCAUUUUUAGUUUCAUCUAAAGAUAAGAUAGCUUUGACAUAUAACGAUAGCAGUGUACUUCAAAAUAUGCACAUAUCCAAGAUCUACGAUAUUUUAAAUGAAAAUGAGAAAAACAUCCUUCAAAAUUUAAGUUCUGACGAUUGGAUGAAGUCAAGGAAGCUAAUCAUUGAAAUGAUACUUGAAACAGAUAUUGCUAGACACUUUGAACUCUUAGGAAGAUUCAAAGCAAGAGUAGAAAACUUAGGGGACUUAUCUUUUGAUAACUCAGAAGACAAACUCAGCAUUUUAUCGAUGGCACUAAAAAGUGCUGACUUAGGAUGAUCCGCAAAAUCAACUGAGCUCAAUGAAAGGUGGGGAUCCUUAGCUAUGGAAGAAUUUUAUCGGCAAGGAGAUUUAGAAAAUGAGAAAGGUUUGCCAAUUACAAUUUUCUGCGAUAGAAAAAAAUCUGACAUUCCGAGAUUCCAUGGAGUAUUUUUAAAAGUGGUUUGCUUGCCCACUUAUAAAAUUUGGUGUGCGUUUCUGAAGUCUGAAGACCUGAAAACAACACUUGUAAACCAAGUGAAAAAAAAUCUAAAAUAUUGGGAAGAAAAAGGCAAAUUCAGAGCUUCCCUAAUAAUCAGUGAUCCAAAAAUUAAAGAAGCCAUAGACAAUAAGAUGAGCUUAGAUUUGUUCACAGAAGAGCAGUUUUCAAGUGCAGCACCAGACACUUAG